CCAGGCCCUCCUCCCCUGCCCUCCCCUCCGCCCCCUUCCCCGUAGGCAGUCAACCCGCCCGCAUUGACUCCCUCCUGGCCCCUGGUGUUCGGGCUGGGUCUCUCCCCAGCCCCCCAGGCUCCCCCGGUAGCUCUCCUAAGGCGGUCGUCCGCGCUCGGUGGAUGUGGCUGGCAGCCGCCGCCCCCUCCCUCGCUCGCCGCCUGCUCUUUCUCGGCCCUCCGCCUCCUCCCCUCCUCCUUCUCCUCCUCAGCCGCUCCUCUCACCGCCGCCGCCGCCGCCUCCACAGCCUGGGCCUCGCCGCGAUGCCAGAGAAGAGGCCCUUCGAGAGGCUGCCUACCGAUGUCUCUCCCAUCAACUACAGUCUUUGCCUCAAACCCGACUUGCUGGACUUCACCUUCGAGGGCAAGCUGGAGGCCGCCGCCCAGGUGAGGCAGGCAACCAAUCAGAUUGUGAUGAAUUGUGCUGAUAUUGACAUUAUUACAGCUUCAUAUGUACCAGAAGGAGAUGAAGAAAUACAUGCUACAGGAUUUAACUAUCAGAAUGAAGAUGAAAAGGUCACCUUGUCUUUUCCUAGUACUCUCCAACCAGGUACAGGAACCUUAAAGAUAGAUUUUGUUGGAGAGCUGAAUGACAAAAUGAAAGGUUUCUAUAGAAGUAAAUAUACUACCCCUUCUGGAGAGGUACGCUAUGCUGCUGUCACACAGUUUGAGGCUACUGAUGCUCGGAGGGCUUUUCCUUGCUGGGAUGAGCCUGCCAUCAAAGCAACUUUUGAUAUCUCAUUGGUUGUUCCUAAAGACAGAGUAGCUUUAUCAAACAUGAAUGUAAUUGAUCGGAAACCAUACCCUGAUGAUGAAAAUGUUGUGGAAGUGAAGUUUGCCCGCACACCUGUCAUGUCUACGUAUCUGGUGGCUUUUGUUGUGGGUGAAUAUGACUUUGUAGAAACAAGGUCAAAAGAUGGUGUGUGUGUCCGUGUUUAUACCCCUGUUGGCAAAGCAGAGCAAGGAAAGUUUGCGUUAGAGGUUGCUGCUAAAACCCUGCCUUUUUAUAAGGACUACUUCAAUGUUCCUUAUCCUCUACCUAAAAUUGAUCUCAUUGCUAUUGCAGACUUUGCAGCUGGUGCCAUGGAGAACUGGGGCCUUGUUACUUAUAGGGAGACUGCAUUGCUUAUUGAUCCAAAAAAUUCCUGUUCUUCAUCACGCCAGUGGGUUGCUCUGGUUGUGGGACAUGAGCUCGCCCAUCAAUGGUUUGGAAAUCUUGUUACUAUGGAAUGGUGGACACAUCUUUGGUUAAACGAAGGUUUUGCAUCCUGGAUUGAAUAUCUGUGUGUAGAUCACUGCUUCCCAGAGUAUGAUAUCUGGACUCAGUUUGUUUCUGCUGAUUAUACCCGCGCCCAGGAGCUUGAUGCCUUAGAUAACAGCCAUCCUAUUGAAGUCAGCGUGGGCCAUCCGUCUGAGGUUGAUGAGAUAUUUGAUGCUAUAUCGUAUAGCAAAGGUGCAUCUGUCAUUCGAAUGCUACAUGACUACAUUGGGGAUAAGGACUUUAAGAAAGGAAUGAACAUGUAUUUAACCAAGUUCCAGCAAAAGAAUGCUGCCACAGAGGAUCUCUGGGAAAGUUUAGAAAGUGCUAGUGGUAAACCUAUAGCAGCGGUGAUGAACACCUGGACCAAACAAAUGGGAUUCCCCCUCAUUUAUGUGGAGGCAGAACAGGUAGAAGAUGACAGAUUACUGAAGUUGUCCCAAAGGAAGUUCUGUGCCAGUGGACCAUAUGCUGGAGAAGAUUGUCCCCAGUGGAUGGUCCCUAUCACAAUCUCUACUAGUGAAGAUCCCAGCCAUGCCAAACUGAAAAUUCUAAUGGACAAGCCAGAGAUGAAUGUGGUUUUGAAGAAUGUCAAACCAGACCAAUGGGUAAAGUUAAACCUGGGAACAGUUGGGUUUUAUCGGACCCAGUAUAGCUCAGCCAUGCUGGAAAGUUUAUUACCAGGCAUUCGUGACCUUUCUCUGCCCCCUGUGGAUCGACUUGGAUUACAGAAUGACCUCUUCUCCUUGGCUCGAGCUGGAAUCAUUAGCACUGUAGAGGUUCUAAAAGUCAUGGAGGCUUUUGUGAAUGAGCCCAAUUAUACUGUAUGGAGCGACCUGAGCUGUAACCUGGGGAUUCUCUCAACUCUCUUGUCCCACACAGACUUCUAUGAGGAAACCCAGGAGUUUGUGAAAGAUAUCUUUUCACCUAUAGGGGAGAGACUAGGCUGGGACCCCAAAUCUGGAGAAGGUCAUCUAGAUGCACUCCUGAGGGGCUUGGUCCUGGGCAAACUAGGAAAAGCAGGACAUAAGGCAACAUUAGAAGAAGCCCGCCGUCGGUUUAAGGACCAUGUGGAAGGGAAACAGAUUCUCUCUGCCGAUCUGAGGAGUCCUGUCUAUCUGACGGUCUUGAAGCAUGGUGAUGGCACUACCUUAGACGUUAUGAUGAAGCUUCACAAACAAGCAGAUAUGCAGGAAGAGAAAAACAGAAUUGAAAGAGUCCUUGGGGCUACUUCUUCACCUGAAUUGAUUCAAAAAGUCCUCACAUUUGCACUUUCAGAAGAUGUACGUCCACAGGACACUGUAUCAGUAAUUGGUGGAGUAGCUGGAGGCAGCAAGCAUGGAAGGAAGGCUGCUUGGAAAUUUAUAAAGGACAACUGGGAAGAACUUUAUAAUCGAUACCAGGGAGGAUUCUUAAUAUCCAGACUAAUAAAGCUAUCAGUUGAGGGGUUUGCAGUUGAUAAAAUGGCUGGAGAGGUUAAGGCUUUCUUCGAGAGUCAUCCAGCUCCUUCAGCUGAGCGUACCAUCCAGCAGUGUUGUGAAAAUAUCCUACUAAAUGCUGCUUGGCUAAAGCGAGAUGCUGACAGCAUCCACCAGUACCUCCUUCAGCGAAAGUCCUCGCCACCCACAGCGUGAACCCUGAGCAUGCCGCCACUGCGGUUCUGCUGCUUCGCUGCAGGGAUAAGGUGGAGCUACCGAACAGCUGAUUCAUAUACCAAGAAUUUGGAGUCUUCUUUCAAACCAGUGGGGGUUGGACAAUGAAUGUAGUUAACUGGUUUCUGCUCACACUCCAGAAUUAAAAUCUAUUGAAAAAGGAAAAUCAGCAAUUCAGAAAAAAAAAAAAAGAACAUAAUAAAAAUAAAAAUGUAAAUAUGAUAGUAAUAAAAUAGAGCAUAAUGAAACUGUGAAACUUCCUGAAGCCUUGUCAGUGGUUAAAAGUAUUUAACACUCUCCUGUUAAUGACAGAUGUUCUGUUUUUAUAACGUACCAAAAGGAAACUAGAGGCUUCUGGGUGAAAAGGAUUUUUGUGAAGUGGGUUCUGCAAGCAGCCUACACGCCAAGGGUAGUGUCCAUUGCGGGGAAUGGGUAAACACGAAAGGCUGAUAGCUGGUAUAACAUAGGCAGAAUCUGUGCAUAAUUCCAAGUGGGUUGGGUUUUUGUUUUUGGGUUUUUUUUUUU